AUGCGUCAGAAGAGAGCUAAGUCAUAUAAGAAACAGAUGGUGGUUUACAACCACACUUUCAAGUUCAGAGAGCCAUACCAGAUCCUAGUGGAUGAACAGAUUGUUCAGGACUCAUUUGAGUCGAAUUACAACCUUUAUAGGAACUUGCGGAAGACGCUGCAAGCUGAGAAUAUUAAGGUUAUGAUCACACAAUGUUGCAUGCAGAAGCUGUACACCACCAGCAACCAGGAGCUGAUCGACGAGGCCAAGAGGUUCGAAAGACGUCGUUGUAACCACUCGAUUAAGGAUCCUAAGGAGCCAUUGGAGUGCAUAGAGUCAAUUGUGAAUAUUGACGGUCAGAACAAGCAUAGGUAUGUGGUUGCAACUCAAAAUAUGGAGUUGAGAAGAAAAUUGAGAAGGGUCCCAGGUGUCCCGAUUUUGCAUCUGUCUAGAAGUGUCAUGAUCAUGGAGCCGAUAAGUGAUUCUAGUGUGAGACUUAAUAGGAAAUUCGAGCAGAGUAAGCUGUAUAAGGGUUUGAACGAUCCAAAAUACUCGAUGGCCCCAACACCAAAAGAGGGUACCCCAGACACUGAGGGUACACAACCAGCAGCCACAAAGAAAAGAAAAGGUGUGAAGGAACCAAAUCCACUAAGUAAGAAAAAGAAAGUUAAGGUUGAGAUACCUAAACCUGCAGCUACUACAACAGAUGCGGCUAACAAAAAGAGGAGAAGAAAGCAUAGAUCGAACAAGAACUCAGAGAAUGGAAAUGAGGGAGAGGACCCUAAGGAAACUGGAAAUAGCGAGGAACAGGUUCCAGAAUCACAGGAUGCAAACUAG